CUGAGACUAAGAGCAAGGAUGUCCAAGAAACUCUUCUCAUUUGUCCGCUUUCUUGUGCUGUUACUUGGCUUUGUAACUAUUUGUUUAGGAGCUUUUUGCAUCUCUACAAGUGUCUCUGCCUGUAAGUGCAAGAGUUUGCCGCUGGCGUAUUUUCUUCUGCCAUUUGGAUUCUUUCUUCUCAUUGCUGGGAUCUUCUGGAGCACCUAUCAUGAAGCCAGCAAGCACAACGGCUUGUUCCGCAGUAUUAUACAUGGAAGUUCUAGACUUCACGAAAGUCACAUCACGACUAUAGAUAGGCCUGAUUUCUACCCGCCGUCUUACGAAGACAGCACCGGUGUGGGAAAGCAGACUUUCUCACUGCCAGCCUGCUCACUGGAGCCAAAGAGCUAUGCUUAUAACAUACCUCCACCUUUGUACACAGAAAGCCGCUUCGAAUUCAUUGAGGAAACUGGUGCUCAGGAACAGCAGCCACCUUCCUAUGAAGUCUCUGUGCAGCAACGAGCCACAGGGAACCACCCAAGAUAAGGAGAGGCUUCUCACACACCACACAGCCAUAGAGCAACUGCUAAGAAGAUGGGCUGUCCAAGGACUGGAGAAGUGAAGCCGUACCUUUUAUUCUGGGACACAGACAAUGUUUAGGCAUUGUGUGUAAAGCCUUGAGGAGGAGGUGCGGAAAGGACAGUGCGGUUUCAUCACUGGGCACUGUGCACAGAUGAGGGAGCAUUCAGUGGCUGGCAGUCACUGGGCACUGGGCACAGAUGAGGAAACAUUCCAUGGCAUUCAGAAAGGUUGUGUCAGAAAUAGUCUUUGUGACCAGGAAUAAACCAUAGUGUUGCUGGUAUUAGGAACGAUGAUGAAUUCAGCCCAACAUUGCUGGCUGAUGGAUGGGGACAACUGGAUCUUCUUGAAGAUCUUACGUGGUUGUAUUCUGCCUCUGUUAAGCAAUGCUUGCAAUAGCCAGCAUUAUCUUCUAAAUAGCAGCAUGUACUGCAAGAGGCAAUGAGUAAAUGAAGAAACUUAAAGCUUCAACUUAGUGAUGAACAUAGGAAAUAUAGGUGUAACAAAGCUAGGUCAGUUACAUUAGUUUUCAUCAACUCAAUGCGUUUCACCUGAGUUUAACUUCAACUCUGUCAGACGUGCACAAUCUUUUGGGAAGUGAAGUUCAACACAUCAGAAGAGCACCAGACUGGAGAAGGUUAUGUUACUGUAAAUGUUCUAUUCUUGGCAUUCAUAAAGGAGAUGAAAGGCACUUUCCAAAAUUAAAUUUCUAAGCUCUUUUGGUGCUCUGCAAGCUUUUCUUUGUACCAAGAGAUGAAUAAGUCCAGUUGAAAUGACCAAAGACUAGGACUUGAUUUACCAGCUCCUAUUCUACAGUUUGAGUUUAAAAAAUACCCUUUGAUUUAAACUUUUACCAUUUCAUUGAAAUUGAAGUUAAACCGCUUACGUGAGUUGUAGUUCCGUCUUGCUUUGGUUUUUUCCCCAUGUUUAAAUUAUUGUGGUACUAUUGUGUAGGAACUGGGAUCCUGGAAACUAAGUUACAAUGGAGCCCCCAGUCACACAAAAAUAUUCUCUGGAUAAAAUAGACUGAUUAAUGUGUUCUUAUUUCAAUAUUUAUUCUUUUUAAAAAGAGUAAUUCUAUCAGUACUGCAAUUAAUUAUUUUUCGUCAUGUACCCCUAUUUAACCAACUUCAUUACUUCUCAUUACUUUUGAGGGAGUCUCUUGGUACAAUGUACAUAGCCCACUGAAAAAAUAGCCAACUCAAUGUUAGAGGUUUAGACAAUUGCAGUAAGACAAUUAGCACUGGAAUGUCUUCCAUACAUAUAGAAUUUUUAAAAUAUCUUGGAAUUUUAGCAUCAGUUCUUUUUGUUAUCCAUUAGCAUUAGAAGCUGAACUCUAAUUAAUUACCUAAUAGUUGACAUUUGUUGAUUUUAGUAACUUUUUAUUGUGUUCUGGGGCUAACCAAUUUACACUGUUUAAUGCUGCAUUGCAAUUUUCUUGUAAUAAAGUUUUGUAAUGAAAUACA